AUGGCAGACCCUACAAAUACGCCGUCUGAUGGUGAUCCUCCGCAGCAUAGAAAGACGGGUGUUGCAGCAGCUGCUAAAAACAUUGCUAUGCCUAAUGUGGAUGAUGAUGACUUUGAGCCACCUAAAAAGAAGUGCAAUAUCUCAAUGGAUGCCCCAAAUAAGACGCAGAAGCUAGACCCCAGGGACAUGACUCUUCGUAUUGGUCCAGACAAAGAACUCAAAAUCACCAAGCAGACUGUCCAUCAGAUAUUGGGUCUUCCAAAUUUGGGUGGUGGAAAGCCACUUAAUGUUAAUGAAGCGAACGCUGCGGCAACACUUCGGGCCUCAUUGAAUAUUAGCAAGGAUGAGUUUGUUAUUUCAAAGCUCCAAGACAGAUUGAGGCUAGGCCAGGAUGAUGAUCUUUCUAUCAGAUGUUUUUUUCUCAUUCUCUUCAACCGGCUGCUAUUCCCAACAACUAGCUGGUCUAUUUCUUUCAAUGAGGUUGUACUUACAGAAGAAAUGGAGCGAUUCCCUCAAAUUGAUUGGUGCCAUCUAAUUUUUAGUGACUUAUGUGAGGCUGCCCAGAGAUGGCACAACAGGAGCAUUAACAAUGUGUCGGCGACGAUAUAUGGCUGUUCCAUCAUUGUUCUUCUGUAUUAUUUGGAUCAUUUGCAUCAUGUUGCUGCUCCAAACAACAAAAAUGGCACUCCACGCAUAAAGUAUUUUAAUAAGAAUAUUAUAAGGGCGUUGUCAAUGGCCGAUAAGCGGAAGCCUCGCCAGGGUGGUGAACCAUUUGGUGUUUGCUCUUUUCGUAGCAGCAGUGAGACAUGUUACGUCUCAAAAUCGCCAACUACUUGCCAGAUUGAGGUUAGGUCAUAUACCCACUAUGAUCUUUGUUUGUCUGUUGCUUUACCAUACUUAUCAUAUCAUUAUUAUCUUUUUUUACUUACCAAAUCAACAUGA